CCGGAUACUUCCUCUAUGGCGAGACUAUUUAAACCACUGCCCGCGAAAAAAUACACGAAGGAUCGUCUUUCUGACGCCUUCUGAGAGGGUCUGCUGGUUUCAUUUAAUGUUAUUCUGCCCAGGUCAUCAACACAGCGUUUGAUACUAGUUUAUUCUGCUCACAGUUCGCGGGGACUGUCCUGUCGUUUUGGAAGAACUAUCCGCGUCUAUCAGGUGGCUGAUAUCCUGUUUUCUUCUCACGGUGACUGACAACUUCAUGGACAUUUAGAUUUUGGUAUCCUAAAACAUAUGAUACGAUUUUGAAUCAGCCCUAAUACUCUUCUGAAGUUGAUUUACCGUUCUCCUAGCAGCAGGAUAUUAUGCUGGCGGCACGAUUGCAGAUUUCUUCCCUUCAAAGUUUCCUCAUUACCAUACGGAAGUGGCAUCUUUGAUUGUGCUGCUGGCAGAAUUGAACUGUGCUGUUGCCUGAACAUAAAACCAUGGGAGAUCUAGGGCAGAAACAACAGAAACUGGACCCAUUUUUGAAGAAGAUUACUAGUCCAAGUAACACUUCAAACAACCAACAACAAACUCCUGACCAAUCUCCAGGAGCUGAUGCCAAGACUCAUCAGGGUAAAUCCUUCUGCAACCAGCCAGGAACAUCUCGCCAAUCUCAGGAUCCUCAUUUCAAGAAAGAAGCACAUGAUGAAAGCCAUUCCUUCCGAUACCGCUUCAAAUUCAAACAAUACAGUGUUACAUGCCAUACUCAUGGAACGGUCCUGGGUGCACUGCGAACAAGUGAGAUGUUCGAGAAUACGACAAAGAAAAAACAGGGGAUGGAAAUUGUCAUCCAAAGAGAGAAAGAGCCACGGGCAGCUGUCAGUACACAUUUCCCCUGCCAUUUAAUUGAUAACAAUGAGCUACUGACAGUCAGCUUCAUCAGGGUUCUAAAUGGUAGUUCUUCAGAUACCCGGGGCCUUUACAAACAGAGUAACCCACCAAAAAUACGACCUGACAAGUUGAUGACUUUCUGUGUUGAAACUGAGGGUGGAAAAGGUAUUAAAACGAAAGUAAUGAAAAACCCAGCGCUAAGGAAGAAUGUAAAGUAUGUUUGUGUGUACGCAUACAAAGGGGAAAAGGUGAAGCAAGCCUUGAGGAGAGAUGGGCGAUUUGAUAAAACCGUCUUUAAAACACGCUGUGUUCUUUCUGAGCCAGAGACCGGUGUCGACACAGAGAUGUCCCAGCUUGUUGAUGGUCUUGAUGGGAAAAGUCGUAAAGGUGAAAUGUUGAUUGUGAAGGUUAAACGUAUCGGUCGUGUAUCUCAGCCACAGCCAGAUAGUCUUGAGGAUUGGGACAACACACCAACUGAAGAGCUGUCCGUCCCCUCUGGUGUAACAUCGGAAGCAGCUCUCUCUCCUCAGAGUCCUACCACAACAGACACAGUUAAAACACAGUUGCAGUCAAAAGAGGCAGGAAAAGAUGGUAGUUCUCUGGUAGUGAAGCAAAAGAUUCCAAACUCUAAAGAGAUCCUAAGCAUCCUGCGUUCCCAAUAUGCAGGUUUGGUAGAUCACUUGAAAGAGAGAGAGAAUUUGAAAAAGCCUUCAGAUGUGCAACAAUUCUUGAGAGUAGAGUUUGGAAAGAAAACACAGAGCUUCCAAGAGGUGAAGAAAGUGAAGAGACUAAUAGAGCUGAGUGCUUCUGUUUGUCAGGUGAGAAUUGAAGGGAAUGCAAAAGGAACUGGCUUCCUUCUGUUUGAAAAGUUCAUCCUUACAAACGCCCAUGUUGUCCAUCAAAUCUAUGAGCCGAUAACUAACAAGCUGCAACAAUCGGUAACAGUCACGUUUGACUUUGAAGACCUGGAUGAGAGAACGCAGCAGAUACCAGUGCAAAGUGAGGUUGUAGCCUAUGGAAAAGUUGAUUCUGGGAAUCUUGACUUUGCUUUGCUGGAGCUUAGCUCAGAUCCUGACAUCACUUUGCCUUCAAGCUUGCUUGACAUCUUCAGCUUUCCGUCUCUAGAGGGUGGAAUCUGCAUCGUCGGCCACCCCGAGGGCGGGGUGAAAAAGACAGACCCCUGCUUUAUCAUUCAAUAUGGAGAUCGUAAACAAGCUGUAGAAAAACAUGUAACAGAAAAUGAGGAAUUCUUAUAUGUUAUAAACAACAGAUAUUUUGAGGAGAAAUGGGACAUCGACACACGUCUACCGAGGGACACAGAAAAGAUUACCUAUGACACCUGUUUCUUCCACGGUGCCUCUGGCUCUCCAGUCUUCAAUGAGUACUGCCAGCUGAUCGCUAUGCAUACAGCAGGCUACUCCUACCAGGGUAAAAGAGGGAAAACCCAGAGUGUCAUAGAGUAUGCCAUUCCCCUGUCAGGCAUACUUGAGGAGAUCAUCAUUCAAGCGGUGCGUAGGAAAAGAGUUGAUGUGCUACAGGAAUUCCUGAGCCAGAGGAGUAUGAAAUUAGACGUAGUGAUGGAAAGAGUCGAGGCACAGUCUGAUAAUGCCAGCCUGGUCAAGGCAUUUCAGGAGAAGCUGCCGUUUAACAGUAACUCUUCGGCUACAGAUCAGAGAACCUUCCACCAGUUCCUCUUUGAUAAAGCCACAGGGGUCGAAGCCACAGGGGUCGAAGCCACAGGGGUCGACGCCACAGGGGUCGAAGCCACAGGGGUCGAAGCCACAGGGGUCGAAGCCACAGGGGUCGAAGCCACAGGGGUCGAAGCCACAGGGGUCGAAGCCAUGGAGGUGGAUGAUGACCAGUGGUGGAAAAAGUGCCCAGUUGUCUUGACUUGAGUAAAGAUACCUUUUAAUAGAAAGUGACUCCAGUGAAAGUGGGAGUCGCCCAGUAAAAUACUUCUUAAGUAAAAGUCCAAAAGUAUUUAGUUUAAAAUAGCCUUAAAUAUCAAAAGUAAAUAAUUUCAAAUUCCUUACGGUUAAGCAAAGCAGACGGCACCAUUUUCUUGUUUUGAAAAUGUAUGGAUCGCCAGGGGCACACUCAGACAACAUUAAAACACUAAAA